GGUGCUUAGCUUUCACUCUGUUGCAAUACUUGAAAAAUGGAAUCAAAGAAGCAGAACUCUACUACUAAUGCUACUUCUACCUCUCCCAUUAUUACAACUACCCCUUCUUCACAUAGGAAAUGUGUUCUUGGUGAUGAGGUGCAGUGUGUAGAUAAGUGGUUGAAACAGCUUGAGGUUGAAAAAAUGAUUGGAACUGCAACUUAUGGAAGAAUGAGGCAAGCAUUUUCAAUUGUAAAUGGUCAUGACCAAGAGCUUAGUACCCCUACUAGUGCUCCUCCUAGUAAUGCCGGAUCCGAAUACGGCGUUAUCGAGUUCACCAGAGAGGAUGUUGAUGCAUUGUUGAGUGAGAGAAUGAGGUGCAAAAGCAAGUAUAAUUACAAGGAGAGAUGUGACAAUAUGAUGGAUUAUAUUAAAAGGCUAAGGCUUUGUAUUAGAUGGUUUCAAGAAUUAGAAGGGUGUUAUCUGUUUGAGCAAGAAAAGCUGCAAAAUGCAUUGGAAUAUAAUGAGAGCCAAUGUUCUGAAAUGGAGUCGAUAUUGAAAAACAAGGAGGAAGAGUUGAAUUUGAUUAUUGUGGAGUUGAGAAAGAGUCUUGCUUCUUUGGAAGAGAGAGUUUCGAAAGAAGAAUCGGAGAAAUUGACUGCAGCAGAUGCCUUAGCAAGAGAAAAAGAGGCCAGAAUCAGUUUUGAGAAAUCACAAACUUCCCUUUCAGAAGAGCUUACAAAAGUUAAAGGAGAGCUUCAAAGUGCCAGUCAAAGGAUUACAUCAGUAAAUGAUAUGUACAAGCUAUUACAGGAGUAUAAUUCGAGCUUACAGUUAUACAAUACUAAACUUCAAACAGAUCUUGAUUCAGCUCAAGAAAAUCUUAAGCAUGGAGAGAAAGACAGAGCUUCUAUUAUGGAGAAUCUGAGCAACUUAAGGGGUCAACACCAGUCAUUGCAAGAUCAAUAUACUUCAUGCAAAGAAUCUCUAGAUGAAGUUGCAAAGAAAAAGGAUGCUUUGGUGCAUGAAGUUGCAUCUCUAAGGAUAGAGUUGCACCAGGCCAGAAAUGAUCGUGAUAAGCACCUGUCGCAAGUGGAAGAACUAGUGACUAAAGUUGUUAAUUGUGAAGAACUCGCAGCGAAAUCAAAUGAAUUGGAGGAGAGAUGCUUAUCUCAGAGUAAGCAGUUAAGCACAGUGCAGGAGGAGCUAGAGGCUGCACAGAUUAAAUUAAGGGUAUCCGACGUAUCCGCAUUUGAGAUAAGAACUGAGUUUGAAGCACAAAAGAGGCUUAUAAUUGAGUUACAAAGUCGCGUAGAAGAUGCAGACUUUAAACUGGUUGAAGGAGAGAAGCUCCGAAAAAAGUUACAUAAUACUAUAUUGGAACUGAAAGGCAACAUCCGUGUGUUUUGUCGAGUGCGGCCUCUGUUGCCUGAUGAUAGUCCUUUUGCUGAAGGCAAGACCAUAUCUUACCCCACAACAACAGAAUUUCUGGGAAGAAGCAUUGAUUUGCAGCAGAAUGGGCAAAAAUAUUCUUUCACUUUCGAUAAAGUUUUUGCGCCUAAUGAAACUCAAGAGGAUGUUUUCGUGGAAAUUUCGCAGCUUGUUCAAAGUGCUCUUGAUGGGUAUAAGGUUUGCAUUUUUGCCUAUGGCCAAACAGGCUCUGGUAAAACUUACACAAUGAUGGGCAAACCCGGGAACCCGGAGCAGAAGGGGUUGAUUCCCCGAUCAUUAGAACAAAUAUUCGAGACUAGACAGUCUCUUCUUUCACAAGGAUGGAAAUAUGAAAUGCAGGUGUCAAUGCUAGAAAUAUACAACGAAAAUAUCCGAGAUCUAUUGUCAACAAAUCGAGAUCCACCACGAACAGAGAAUGGUUCUAAUGCAAAGCAAUAUGCAAUCAAACAUGAUGCCAAUGGGAAUACACAUGUCUCCGAUCUGACCGUUGUCGAUGUUCGCAGUCCUAAGGAAGUCUCGUAUCUUUUAGAUCAAGCUUCUAAGAGCAGGUCUGUUGGCAAGACACAGAUGAAUGAACAAUCAUCUAGAAGUCACUUUGUUUUCACACUACGAAUAAGCGGAACCAAUGAGAGCACUGACCAACAAGUACAAGGUAUCUUGAAUCUUAUUGAUCUUGCCGGGAGUGAACGUCUUUCGAAGAGUGGAUCAACUGGGGAUAGAUUAAGGGAAACUCAAGCAAUCAAUAAAAGUUUGUCAUCUUUGAGUGAUGUUAUUUUUGCGUUGGCUAAGAAGGAGGAUCAUGUACCAUUUAGAAACUCAAAGCUCACAUAUCUUCUUCAGCCGUGUUUGGGCGGAGACUCAAAGACACUGAUGUUUGCGAACAUCUCUCCGGAUCCCUCGUCAAUGGGCGAAUCACUAUGCUCGCUCCGCUUUGCCGCAAGAGUCAAUGCUUGUGAGAUAGGAACUCCUCGGCGUCAUACUCUCAUGCGGUCUCCAGAUUUUCGCUUGAGUUUGGGCUGAUACGUAAUAGAAUAAUGAUUUAAUUUUCAUCCAAGAAUAUCAUUUUUAUCACUUUAUUAUUUAGUCAUUAAAAAAGUGAAGAGUGAUCCUAACCCGAGCUGAUUAUAACAUGUAUAGUGAACAAUUCUUGCAUACGAAAAGCCUUUUCGUGCCCCGACGAAUUGAAUCCGGUAUGGCUGCUUGUAUCCUUAGUAUUAAAUUUGUAUAAUAUGUUUAUGUUCUUGAUAAUGAGAUUUAUCAUUUA